GCCAAAUGUCCAAAUUACUCGUCGAUCUCUUCCCGAGAAACUAGUACAAGUGUAUGGGUAUAUUAAAAGGCCUGAGAAAUGGUGUGGAUUACUAUUUAGGUCGUUGUGGUGAUGUGCGAGAACUCCAGCGGUUCUUCAGAAAGCGAGAGUUCUCAAGAUGAUUGGCAGAAAUCUUUUGAUGAGUUAGAAACUUCCCAAUUCAAUGGUGAAAGUCCUGUUCAAGUCAGCGAGCGCACAAGAGCACUGCAUUGCAGUGCUUGGGAAGCUUUCUUAGAUAGAGAUGGCAGAGUGGUGAAUGAGUCUGCUGUCAGAAAAGCAGUGUUUAAAGGUGGUAUCGACUGCAUGAUAAGAAAGGAGGUGUGGAGUUUUUUGUUUGGACUGUAUCCAUUUUUAUCAACAAGAAGGGAAAGAGAAGCUUUAGCUGCUGAAAAUGUUGCUAGAUAUGGAGCUUUGAAAACGAGAUGGAAAGAACUUUUGAAGACAUACAAGCCUCCAGUGGAUCCUGAUGUCCCUGAAUCAAUACCUUUGUAUUUAAGAGAAUGUACGAGCAAACAAACCAGUAGUACUUUAGGAGAUGAUGUUGGGGAUGGCUUGCCAAGUGGGGAAGCGCAUGAGGGGGAUUCCCUCACAGGGGAUCAAAUGGUGUUUCUUAAGCUAACAGCAAAGUUUAAUGCAGAUAGACAACCAAUAGACAUCCAGAAAUUGUAUUCAUCAGUCAGGGUGAUUGAUAAAGACGUACCAAGGACAGACAGAAGUCAAGCUUUCUUUGAGGGAAAAGGAAAUCAAAAUCUUCUUGUGUUACGAGAUAUUUUAAUCACAUACAGUGCAUAUCAUCAAGAUAUAGGAUAUGUUCAAGGAAUGAAUGAUAUUUUAAGUAGAUUUUUGAUUGUGCUGGGAUCAGAAGCGCAGGCUUAUUGGUGUUUAACUAAUUAUAUGGAAACUGUCAAGAGAGACUUUCUAGAUGAUGGAAUGCUAGACAAAAUAACACAUGUCAGGUUACUUCUUAGGAAAAUGGACGAGCAGCUUUUUAAUCAUUUUAAAGCAAACGGAAUGGAAGAUAUGUUGUUUGUUCACAGGUGGCUUGUUUUGACUUUUAAAAGAGAGUUCUCAUUCGAAGAUGCGUUAACAAUGUUUGAAAUAAUCAGCAGUCAACAUCUCGAGUCGUCAUCAGUGGAGGCUGAAAGAGAGCGGGAGAGACAGAGAGUUAAAGAAUUAGAGAAAGAUGGAGGUGAAUUUCAUGCGCAAGUUGUGGAAAUGGCGAAUUAUUCGUUUGAAGUAUUUGUAUGUCUAGCUGUUCUGAAGGAAUACAGAAAAAGUUUAUUGAAGUGUUCGGAAGUUUCAUCUGUGUACAACACUAUUCACGGUUUAUCAAUGAAAAUGGACUUGAACAUUAUCCUCAUGAGAGCAGAAGAAUUAUUCUACAAAUACUGUCGGAAAUCUGUGGUUGACUCCUUUCAAGUUGUUGAUGUGGACACUGUAAAUGUAUCGUGAUACCCGGCGACAAGCAAGCCAGAGUAGUUGGCGAAAUUGUUAGGAGGACCACUGUUUACUUUCAUUUAUAGAAUUAUUCGUAUUAACAAAGAUUUAGUAAUACAUAGACAGGUAAAAACGAACGAUAUAAAAUCCCGACGUUUCGGCGA